AUGAAGCUGGAACUAUCAGAGAACACGGCUCAUUCCAAACGUAAUCGUAAAGUCAUGAAGAUUCUGUUGGCGAUAACCUGCCUGAUCGGAUUGGUCGCAACUUUCGAGAAAAACAAUCUCACUGUGAUCGAUCAGGUGUAUCUCGACAUUAUGAUAGACGAUCAUCCAGUGGGAAGAAUCGUCAUAGGGUUAUUCAGUGAUAUCGUACCUAAAACUACGAAGAAUUUUCUCACCUUGGCCACUACAGGGAUUGGGGGGAAAACUUAUAAGCAUAGCACGUUUCAUCGGGUGAUUAAGAAAUUUAUGAUACAAGGUGGAGAUAUAGAGAAUGGAGACGGGACUGGAUCGAUUAGCAUCUAUGGAAAAACGUUUGACGACGAGAAUUUCGAGAUUGGUCACAAUGCACCCAUGUACGUGAGUAUGGCGAAUGCAGGAAAGAAUACGAAUGGAUGUCAAUUCUUUAUUACGACUAUUCCUACACCCUGGUUAGACGGAAAGCAUACUGUGUUUGGAAAGGUGAUCGAAGGGCAGGAUGUAGUUUUUAAGAUCGAGCAGACGAAAACGGAUGCUGAUGAUGUGCCGAUUAAACGCGUGGUUAUCUUCGAAUGUGGUUCCAUACCUACCCCGUCUCCGUUUAAAGUGGAUGAUAAUAUUUAUAAUAUCUGGGCAUGGAUAAAAGCAACAUCUAUACCAUUAGGUUUCAGCUUCUCGGUCCUGGCUGUGUUUCAUUAUAUGAUGAAGAAAUUAGAUGUGUAAUUAUAAUACACGUUGCAUAAAUUUACUUCAAGAACAAAAAUUUCAGAAGGAUUCAAAAAAUUAUGGCUGUAAUGGAUACGGGAAAUAAUGAGAGAAACUGCAUUUCGUAAUUUUAUAGUUAGUGAAAGGCAAAGAGAGAAAACCAAAAGGACGAAUUAUUAUUUCGAAAUAACUUUUAAAAGUUCUAAGUCGUAAUUUAAGACACGAACGACGAGAAUCGUGAAUUAAUUCUAAGAAAAUACAUUUCCCUUCUUUUUGAAUAUUUCGUCCAUUCAUGAAUAUCAAGACGCUGUCGCCAUCUGAUAGCGAAUCGAUUGUACUAAUCCAUUGAAUUUGCAAGGAACUUUCAAACACCUACUCCUAUGAUUUAACAUUCGUUAUUUAAAAUCUUCAUCAUUAUUAUUGAAUCCUGUUAACAUAGAAGCUCAAAAAAUAACAGGAGCAGAGCUAUGCUACGAUUCUAAAUUCAUCUCCAUUCUUUUUUUCAUAAUUUUUCAUCCUUAUUUGAAACCUCCUCCACAAUUCUACCAUCCUGUUAACUUGCGAACAAAUAACAGGAGCAGAGGUAAGUUAUAAGUUAAAAUUGGUAUUCUAACUAGAAUAUCUUUCUCGUCGUAUAUGAUACCUCUACCAUUGUUCUGCAUUUCUGUUAAUAUCGGAUAAAAAUGACAGUAACUGGAUAAAUCGAAUUGGUGGUCAGAACAGAAUUUAUCCUCCUCGUCUAAAACCUCCAUUGCACUUCUACGUUCCUAAUAAUUCACGCGAUUUUUAGUUGAAUUCCAUAUUCAGAGAAGAUAAUAAGCGUGUUUUAUACUUUAUUGUUACUUCUCUUGCCUGACUUGUGAAUGGAUGACAU